CAUUAAUAUUCUCGAACCCAAUCUCCAUAUUUAAAUCCUCUUCCAUUAAUUAUAUCACAUUGUUGAUGCCCAUAAGGAAACUGUUUCUUAAUUUAUUGCUCUUUGUUUGUUCUAGUUUCAUAUCUUCUUCUAUUAUUGCUCUUCUUUCAUUUCUCUAUAUAAAGCAGUGGCUGAGGUUCUUUAUUUCCCAUCAAGAGUUGAGUUUUUUUCCUAGCAAAAUGGCAAUGAAGAGGCUUCUACUUCUUGCUCUCUCAUUGGCUUUGGUUGUAGGAAUUGCAGAGAGUUUUGAAUUCCAUGAAAAUGAUUUGGCAUCUGAAGAAAGUUUGUGGGAUUUGUACGAGAGGUGGAGGAGCCACCACACUGUUUCUAGGAGUCUUCAUGAGAAACACAAGCGUUUCAGUGUGUUCAAAUACAAUGUCAUGACUGUUCACAAUACUAACAAGCAGGAUAAGCCUUACAAGUUGAAGCUGAACAAGUUUGCAGACAUGACCAGCCAUGAAUUUAGGAGCACUUAUGCUGGCUCAAAGGUUAAACAUCAUCGGAUGUUUCGAGGAGCGCCACAGGGAAAUGGGAGCUUCAUGCAUGAGAAGGUAGAAAGAGUCCCGCCGUCCGUUGAUUGGAGAAAGAAAGGUGCUGUCACUGGUGUUAAGGACCAAGGCCAAUGUGGUAGUUGCUGGGCAUUUUCAACCAUCGCAGCAGUUGAGGGUAUUAAUCAAAUUAAGACUAAUAAGCUAGUGUCUUUGUCCGAGCAAGAGUUGGUGGAUUGUGACACUGAUGAGAACCAAGGAUGUAAUGGAGGGCUAAUGGAUUAUGCAUUUGAGUUCAUUAAGAAUCAAGGAGGAAUAACAACUGAGGCUAAUUACCCUUACCAAGCUGAGGAUGGAACUUGUGAUGUUUCAAAGGAGAAUUCACCUGCAGUCUCUAUUGAUGGGUAUGAGAAGGUGCCUGGAAAUAACGAGGAUGCAUUACUCAAAGCAGUGGCAAACCAGCCUGUCUCUGUGGCCAUAGAUGCUGGAGGUUCAGAUUUCCAGUUCUACUCAGAGGGGGUGUUCACUGGAAGUUGCGGAACAGAGCUAGAUCAUGGAGUUGCAAUCGUGGGCUAUGGGACCACGGUUGAUGGAACUAAGCACUGGAUUGUGAAGAAUUCCUGGGGACCAGAAUGGGGAGAGAAGGGUUACAUAAGGAUGCAGCGUGGCACCUCAGAGAAAGAGGGACUCUGUGGUAUAGCGAUGGAGGCCUCGUAUCCCAUCAAGAACACCUCAAAAAAUCCUACAGGAGUUACAUCUUCUCCCAAGGAUGAACUCUAAACUAUAUGCUGCCAUGGACUUCUACUAACAGUUCAGCCUCAAGUUUCUUUGAUUGAAUAAUUUUAGUGACACAAAGAUUCACUGAUGAUGUAUCAAUUGAACACUGUUUCCCGUUUAGUAACGAAUAAAUCUUUCAAUAUCAUUUCUACUGCA